ACGAGCCCGCUUUUUUCUUGCCAAAAACAAAAGUUGGUGAAAAGGAGGGAAAGGCGGGGAAUCGACGAGACGCAUUUUUUUCUUGAUCGCCAGAGGUAAUAUAGAACAUCUCUAAGCCUUUCUUCUCCAAUCCUGACCUAGAUUUUUUGCCCGCUACCUUCUCUAUUUCUUUCCACUGCAAUCUUUUGUGGGGGACGGGGAUUUGGUGUUAGGGUUACGGUGACAUGUCGCAGAGGAAACGACUGACGGGGAUAGUGAAGUGGUUCAGUGGGUAGAGGCGAUACGGUUUCGUGGCUUCUGAUAUAGGCAGAGAGGAUAUCUUCGUCCAUUACAGCUCCAUCCGCUCGGAAGGGUCUCGGAUGAUUACACAAGGCGAUGUCGUGGAGUUCUCCGUUGAAAAAGGGGAGAACGGACGAAUGAAGGCUGUUAAUGUCACUGGUCCCUCAGGAAUAGAUAUUCUUGCGGGGGAAAGUAGUGGGGGAGGGGGCUUCUCAGGAUGGAGUAAAGGGGGUGGAAUUGGCCGCGAAGAAUUUGGGAGAGGUGGAAGAAGGAUUUGGGGUAGAAACGGACGUGCUUUUGUUGGCUCAUGUUAUAAUUGUGGGAAAAAUGGACACUUGGCAAGGGAUUGCCCUCGAAGCUAUCAAGGAGAGGCAGGAGGAGGUGGCGCUUGCUAUACCUGUGGGCAAUCAGGGCAUCUGGCAAGGGAUUGCAAGCAAACUAGUGGCUCCAAUGGCCGAGGAUUUGGAGGCUCAUGCUAUAAUUGUGGACAAAGUGGGCAUUUGAAGAGGGAUUGUAAACAAGAAAGAGCAAACUUUGUAAAUUUUAGUAUCGGCGGAUACUCUGGUGGCGUAAGGGGAUGCUAUAACUGUGGGGAGCCUGAGCAUCUUGCGAGAGAUUGUCCUAACAAUGAUGAUAAUUAACUUAUGUCCGUUUGUUUUCUUCUAACUCUACACUCUUACUUUUUCUUUUAUAGCAGUCGGAUCAUCUUCUAGUAACUUGUUACAGUAAGUAAUGGUUUUUCUUAUUUUGUUAUACACAAUUUUUGAGUUGAUAACCAUAACGUGUGGGAUUAAUGAAGAUAUGUGCUAUGUAAUGCUGUACAUGUCUGAAUGUUUCAUUGUCUUAGUGAUAUUUUAUGGUUUGGACCUUUUGUUCA